AUGGAGAAACAUCCUCGGGCACUUCGGUUAUGUGCGUUUAUAUGCAUCACUUUUUUUUCCGUUUUACAUCUCGUUGAAGCUCAGGACCAAAAAGGGUUCAUCAGUUUGGAUUGCGGGCUUUCGCCUAACGAGCCUCCUUUCAACGAUUCUAAAACCGGAUUAACAUACUCAACGGACGACGGUUUUGUGCAAACUGGCAAAACCGGUAAAAUCCAAAAGGAACUGGCGGUGGAGGCGACAUACCGUAAGAUAUACUGGACGCUUAGGUACUUCCCAGAUGGAAAAAGAAACUGCUAUACCUUGAAUGUAACGGAAGGCACGAGCUACCUUAUUACAGCUCUAUUCGUGUAUGGUAAUUACGAUGGUCUUAACAUGUACCCCAGGUUCGACCUCCACCUAGGUCCAAAUUUUUGGGAAACGAUAGAUAUGAGUUUCUGGACAAAAGGCACUUUCCAGGAGAUCAUCUACAAGACUACAUCUAAGUUUCUCCAGGUCUGUCUAGUUAAGACAGGACCAAGUAAUCCAAUGAUUAGUAGCUUAGAGCUACGACCACUUAACAACAACACUUACAAUAAUACUCAGAGCGUCUCGCUGAGGAAUUUGCGCCGUCAUUAUUUCAGCACUGCAAAGCACAACCUACGGUAUCAGUCAUGCCCUUUUGAUUCAAUCAAGUUCAAAAUUUGGUUUAUGGGAAAACUGUCCCAACUAGAACAGAAUUUGGAGCUGAUUGUUUAA